CAUAACGCUCAGGGGCGCUGUUGUACUGCAGAGCGAGUCUGCGUGCAGGUACGUUUUCGCGCAAGUUGUAGCAUGAGUUUGCUGUAAACAACGAUACUCUUUCGUGUAGUAUUGAAGAUGGACAGGUUCGUGAUAAAAAAGGGAACUGCGAAGACAUCUGAGAGUCUAAAAGUUGUCUCCCAAGAGGCAAACUCAAACCGUAACCGUUGCUCGCCGCGAAAAAGAGGACUGAGUGGGGAGGGGGGCACUUCGAAAUGUCGAAAAACGUCAGGAACAACCAACACCAAAGUCGACUUGAACUUGAAGUGGAGAAACUUACGCGGAGAGAGUUUUAACUGCGACUACGCGGUACUGUACAGUCCCAGUGCCGCAAGGACCCUGUUAAAGGCGUGUGAGGAGGAACUUAUCUACAACACCGGGGACUUGGCUAAAGUGCAGAUAUUUGGACAGUUCCAUAACAUUCCCAGGAAGCAGGUAGCGUUUGGUGACCCUGGACUGUCCUACCGGUUCUCAGGGGUGGAGGUACCGGCCCGACCAUGGACACCUCUCAUGGAAGGCAUCAGGGACAGGGUACAGGAAGCUACAGGGCACAAGUUCAACUUUGUUCUAGUCAACAGAUACAAGGAUGGUAACGACCACAUGGGAGAACACCGCGAUGAUGAGAAAGACCUGGUACGGGAGGCUCCCAUCGCGUCCCUUUCGCUUGGACAGAAGCGAGAUUUCAUCUUCAAGCACUGCGACGCACGCGGAAAGAGCGCCAAGCGUGCGAUGGAUCCCGUGAAACUGGAGUUGGAACACGGCAGUCUCCUGAUGAUGAACUACCCGACCAAUCGCUACUGGUACCACUCCCUCCCUGUCAGGAAGAAGGCGCUAGGGGUCAGGAUUAACAUGACCUUCAGGAGCAUGGUGACCUCUAAGUGACCUGUACCUUUCCUGAUAAAUAUUUGGGUGAAUUUUAUCAAUGGCAACAGGCCUUGGAAUUGUUGUUGAGCAAGGGGCCGAGCCACCAGAUAAUGGCAACCCGCUGCGCUCAUGAGACGCCCCAUCAGAGCUGGACUGCACUACGGGUCAUCUUUUGAGCUGAGUGAACCCUCUUUAUGAGAAAAGGCUAUGCGAAGGAAAACAGGGUCCCAGAUGUGUGUUACCUGUGUUUUCAACUGGAGUACUGGUAUAGCAGGGCUGUUUCGGUGCACUGUCGGGUAUUCUGAAAUUAUGUACAUAAAUGAUAUAUAAAUCUAUAGAUUAAUGCAUUAAUGCGUUUGUUUCCGCCAUGGUGACCUCUUCACUACUAUCUCAAAACCAUGCAAAAAUUUUGUAUUUUUCCAUCCACUCCCUUGUCUAAGUGCUACAUGUACAUACUAUGAUUAUGAUGUACAAACUAUACAUUGUACAGUGCAAUAUGAUGUAUUGGAGACAAUUGUUUACCCUUGCCAAGUUGCAGUCUUCUUGCCCCUUAAUGCAAUAAUGGUCUACUCCUAUGCUAUUAGAUGAUACCACACCUAAGCCUGUACCAUUUGAAGUUGGCUAGUAGAGUCUACGCCUUAAGUACCAUAUAAUAAUGACCCUUCUUCAGCAGGUUUGUGAACCAGACAAUUUGUUGUCUUUGCUUGUUUUAUUCAAUUGUUGAGGUACAUGUAGUAUGUAAGCUGUAACUAUCUAUAUCCUUAGAAACGUAUAGGUACCAGUAUGGCCACAUCAUUAGACAACACUAAAUGCACAUUGCACGACUGUUACCCGGUAAUGCAAUUAAAAAACCCCAAACAUACACAAAAUGAAAUCUAAUUUUAUUGUGAUGCUGUCUUAUGCGUCAGCCCAAAUAGUCAUCUCUGGGUAGAAAUAUCUUAAAUCUCCGGUGUACAGACAAAAUUUUUUGUCUUUUUAGUUUGUCCAACACAACUUUUAUGUAGGGCAUUACCCAGUCCCUUAAUGGCAGUAUGCAGCAUGUAUGUUACAAUCCAUUUCCAAGUUGUGUUGUCUAAGUAAUAUACUGGACUGAUUCAUCAUGAAGAAGGGGCACUUCUGUGUAGUCAUCUUCCAUGGACUUC